AUGGCUCGUACGAAGCAGACUGCUCGUAAGUCGACGGGCGGGAAGGCGCCCCGCAAGCAGCUGGCCACCAAGGCUGCCCGCAAGAGCGCGCCGGCCACGGGCGGCGUCAAGAAGCCGCACCGCUACCGGCCCGGCACGGUGGCGCUGCGCGAGAUCCGGCGCUACCAGAAGUCGACGGAGCUGCUGAUCCGCAAGCUGCCCUUCCAGCGCCUGGUGCGCGAGAUCGCGCAGGACUUCAAGACCGACCUGCGCUUCCAGAGCUCGGCCGUCAUGGCGCUGCAGGAGGCCAGCGAGGCCUACCUGGUGGGGCUCUUCGAGGACACCAACCUGUGUGCCAUCCACGCCAAGCGCGUCACCAUCAUGCCCAAGGACAUCCAGCUGGCCCGGCGCAUCCGCGGCGAGCGUGCCUGAGUCUCCAGACCCGUGUCCACUCUGUGAACCCGCGUUGUUUUCCCCAUACC